CAAUUAAUCAACGAAACUUUGGUUUGUAAGGAGGGAAGGCGCCGCAUCAAAGUUCCCUUCCACGACUCCUGCUUUGAAGCUCUUCGCUUGCUUCCACUGUAACUUGCAUUCGUAGCUGAGGGGCAAGCACAGAGCUGCAAAUCUGAUGGGGAAGAAGACGAAGAAACCGGGAAAAGGAAAAGAAAAGACUGAGAGGAAAACCGCGAAAGCCGAGGAAAAGAAAGCUCGAAGGGAGAACAAGAAGAUUUCUCCCGAGGAUGAUAUUGACGCAAUUCUUCUGAGUAUACAAAAGGAGGAAGCGAAGAAAAAGGAAGUUCAUGUUGAGGAAAAUGUCCCUGCGCCAUCUCCUCGGUCCAAUUGUUCGCUGACCAUCAAUCCACUGAAAGAAACGGAGUUGAUCCUCUAUGGGGGUGAAUUCUACAAUGGUACCAAGACAUUUGUCUAUGGUGAUCUUUACCGAUAUGAUGUUGAGAAACUAGAGUGGAAACUAAUUUCAAGUCCCAAUAGUCCCCCUCCUCGUAGUGCUCAUCAAGCUGUUGCUUGGAAGAAUUACCUCUAUAUUUUUGGUGGAGAGUUUACAUCUCCAAACCAAGAGAGGUUUCACCACUACAAGGAUUUCUGGAUGUUGGACCUGAAAACAAAUCAGUGGGAACAAAUAAAUUUAAAAGGUUGUCCUAGUCCACGCUCUGGUCAUCGGAUGGUCUUAUACAAGCACAAAAUUAUUGUUUUUGGUGGCUUCUAUGACACUUUAAGAGAAGUGAGAUAUUAUAAUGAUAUGUAUGUAUUUGACCUGGAUCAGUAUAAGUGGCAAGAAAUAAAGCCUGGUCCUGGUGCAAUGUGGCCUAGUCCUCGAAGUGGCUUUCAAUUUUUUGUUCACCAAGAUGAGGUUUUCUUGUAUGGUGGCUAUUUUAAAGAAAUUCAAUCUGAUAAGAGCUCUUCAGAAAGAGGAGUUGUGCAUGCAGACAUGUGGUCCCUUGAUCCGAGGACUUGGCAAUGGAAUAAGGUCAAGAAAGGUGGGAUGCCACCUGGGCCUCGUGCAGGGUUCUCCAUGUGUGUUCAUAAGAGGCGAGCCUUGCUAUUUGGGGGAGUGGUGGACAUGGAAGUUGAAGGUGAUGCAAUGAUGAGUCUAUUCUUGAACGAACUCUAUGCAUUUCAAUUAGACAAUAAUCGCUGGUAUCCCCUAGAGUUAAGGAAAGAAAAGUCAACGAAGGCAAAGAUAAAAAAGAUCUCUGAACAAAAGAACAUCGAGGUUGAGUCUGAUGACCAUAUGAAUGAACUAGAGGAGGUUGUUGAAGUUGGUAAAAUAGAAAGCUCAGUCCUAGAAGAAGCAUGCAACAUGGAAACCGACAUUGAUGAAAUAUCUCAACACAUAUCUUCAUCUGUGUCUAUUAAGAAUGGCGGAUUGGAAACGAAUGCUGGUAAAAAACUCCAAGAAUCUGGUUCAAACCAAAAUAUUGUUAUGCCAGAGGUGAUUAAGCCCUGUGGACGUAUUAACUCCUGCAUGGUUGUUGGAAGAGAUACGCUGUACAUAUAUGGGGGUAUGAUGGAAAUCAAAGAUCGGGAAAUCACCCUUGAUGACCUGUAUGCUCUCAAUCUCAGUAAACUCGACGAAUGGAAGUGCAUUAUACCGGCCACAGAAUCUGAAUGGGUGGAAGCCUCAGAGGAUGAAGAUGAGGAAGAAGAUGAAGAUGACAGUGAGGAUGAUGACAAUUCUGAAGGAAGCAAUGAAAGUGAUGAUGAUGAUGGUGACGAGGACGAUUUGGAGGCUGGGGAUGAUCGUCGAGUAGGAGAUGCUGUAGCUUUGAUUAAGGGUGAGGGCAGGAAUCUUCGUAGGAAGGAGAAGCGAGCUAGGAUUGAACAAAUUAGAGCUAACCUUGGCCUUUCAGAUUCACAAAGAACUCCAAUGCCUGGGGAAUCUCUGAGGGACUUCUAUAAGCGUACAAAUCUCUACUGGCAAAUGGCUGCACACGAGCAUACACAACAUACUGGAAAAGAACUUCGGAAGGAUGGCUUCGAUCUUGCUGAAUCUCGGUACAGGGAGCUUAAACCCAUCCUUGAUGAGCUUGCCAUAUUGGAGGCAGAGCAGAAGGCGGAAGAGGCAGAAGCACCUGAAACUAGUUCAAGAAAGAGAGGCAAGAAGAAAAAAUAAGCAAACAGAAAUUAAAAAAAAUCCUGUUAGCUUAGGUGGAACUAGAUAUUAUAUAGCUACAAAUGAUGAGUGUGUAGAUAAAGGGAGACACAUUUAUUUUGUUAGUUAAUGGUAAUCACGAUCUCAGAGGCUUAUUUAUAGAGUUGGAUUCAUUUUUUGUU